AUGGAGAGUUACCUGCAUGAAAAAAUACAAAAGAGAAAAGUGAUGAGGCGCAGCCCAGCCCGGCCCGGCCCGGCCCGGCCCGCCCCGGGUGCCGCUAUAAACCGCCGCCCUACCCCGGCCUCCCCGUUAGGUUUCCGGCCUGGCCAGUCUCGCACCGCGCGGGCUCCAUCUGCACUUCGGCUACUCUGCCUAGCCAUGGCCGCUUGCUCCUCGGCGGCCGCGCUGCGCCCGGUCACUCACCUGAUCUUUGACAUGGACGGGCUGCUGCUGGAUACUGAGAUUCUCUAUACAAAAGUGUAUGACGAGAUCUGUAGGCGUUAUGGAAAGAGCUAUACCUGGGAUGUGAAAUCCUUGGUUCUAGGUAGACAAGCCCCAGAAGCAGCAGGGAUUAUUCGAGAUCAUCUAGAUCUUCCAAUAACCAAAGAAGAGUUAUUCAAGGAAAGUCAAUCGAUGCUGGAGAAGAUAUUCCAUACUUCUGGGUUGAUGCCAGGAGUCAGUAAGCUGAUCCAUCAUUUACACAAACACAAGAUACCCAUAGGUGUUUGCACCAGCUCGAGUGUAUCAUCAUUUGAGCUAAAAACAAGCAGACACAAAGACUUAUUUAGUCUUUUUCAUCAUAUUGUUUUGGGAGAGGAUCCUGAGUUGAAGCGUGGCAAGCCGCAUCCUGAUCCGUUUUUGCUUUGUGCAAAGAGAUUUGAACCUCCUGCACCACCAGAGAAGUGUCUUGUGUUUGAAGAUUCACCAGGGGGAGUCAAAGGAGCCCGGGCAGCAGGAAUGCAAGCGGUUAUGAUUCCAGAUGAAAAUUUAGGUGCAGAUUUUAAAAAGGAGGCAACACUGGUGCUGAAGUCCAUGGAAGAUUUCAAACCAGAGCUGUUUGGUUUACCAGCAUAUGAUUGAUGCCUAAUGCCUAUGAACAUGUUCUUGGCUGGAGAUGAAUUUAAAGGAAAAUGAAAUUUUAUUUCAGUUUUAUGAUUGUUUUUCAUAUUCUACUUUCUUCCUCAAAACUAGAGUGCAAAAAUCCUGUUAACAUUCAGUCUUUUAUGCAUUUCCUUUGAUAAAUUGUCUGGAAUGUUUAUGAUUUGUCCUUUUGAUAAACGCAAUAUUAAACAGCAUCUUUCUGUUAAGUGAAUCCAGCCUUGUUCUAUUCACAUCAUAAUGUUUUCUGAGAAUAUUAUGGAACUAUUUAGACAAUUUAUUGUAACUGCAUU